UUGUGUGUGUGAGAGAGAGAGAGAGGCAGUGGGGUGAUAGGGCAACUUUUACACGACAUCUGGGAAAAAAAAACCCAAAAUAAAGUGCGUUUUGCCUUUUAAGGGAGCUGUCCUCUGCAGAUUUUGACUCCGUUUUCCCUCCCUUAUGAUGCAACCCAGCUCUGACGCUCCGGUAAUGUUGCCAGUCUCCAGUUACUGGUGGUGACUGGAGAUUAUUGCAUUGCAACUUUUUACGCUUUUGGGGUAAUUAUUAUUAUUUUUUUUUCUCGGUGUUGCCAACUGCCUUUGCAGCACCUCAACAACCGGGACAGGCCGGUUGACCGACUGCGCCACUCUGGCCCCGAUGCAUCCCGGAGCCGCCUCUGUCUGUUCCGCCUCGCCCCGCGGAGUGGUCGGUGAAAUCGAGCAGCCGAAACCGGGGCCCGGGGCCGACUCGCCGGACCUAGACGGCUCGGUAACGACGACUUACCGGGAUUUCGUGACCAGCACCUACCUCGACCUGAUGACCGCCAACCAGCACUCGGUGCACGCCUUGAACUGGAGGAAGCUGUACCUGAGCCGGGCCAAGCUGAAAGCGUCCAGCCGGACAUCUGCGCUCCUCUCCGGGUUUGCGAUGGUGGCCAUGGUGGAAGUGCAGCUUGACAACGACUACGAUUACCCCAGUGGUCUGCUGAUGGCGUUCAGCGUGUGCACGACGGUGCUGGUGGCCGUCCACCUCUUCGCCCUGAUGGUCAGCACAUGCAUCCUCCCCCACAUCGAGGCGGUCAGCAACAUCCACAACCUGAACUCUGUGUGCGAGUCUCCCCAUGAGCGAAUGCACCACUACAUCGAGCUGGCCUGGGGCUUCUCCACCGCCCUGGGCAUCCUGCUCUUCCUGGCCGAGGUGGUGCUCCUGUGCUGGGUCAAGUUCUUGCCCCUGGGAGCCCCCUCCUCUCCCGCGGGGGGUCCAGGAGCUGGCUGGAGCGUGGCGCUGGUCUCCACUGUGAUCAUGGUCCCCGUGGGUUUUGUGUUCGUGGCUUUUGCUCUUCACUUUUACAGGAGUCUGGUCGGCCACAAGACUGACCGCCACAGGCAGGAGAUCGACGAGCUGAACCAGAUCAAGUAUCAGCUUGAUGGGGCAGAUACUGUUUAAUACAGGGGUGGAGGGAGAACAGAAUAUUUGAAUAAAAGUAAGCGAUUUUAUUAGCAGUGAAGCCUGUUUAAUUCAUCUAUAAACCGGCGCUACUUUGUAGUCUGGUUUUCAGCUCCUACCCCCCCCCCCUCACUGAGACGAAUGGCGCGUUCCAAUCCUCUACAAUCCGGAACCGGUCUGUUCCGGAAUCCGGAAUCUGCUCUUCGGAUAUCUGUGCAUGUUCUUUUAAUGAGUUUAUAAUUCAGGGCAAAUUAAAAUAAACACAAUCUCUAAAUUAGGGCAUCUGCAAUGGAGCGAGGCUGGUAGAAUGGGACCACAGCGUGCCAACUAUACCCUCAAUGAUCUUCAGUGGCAAUGCAGACAGACAGUGGCACAAGUGUAGGGCAGCUGCAAUGUACCACCAUGUGCUAACUGUACCCUUACCAAAUGAAAUGACAUUCAAAGUACCAUCCUUUUGUUAUUUUUUGACAUGUUAGAGGUUUUUAAAUAACUUGGUACAGCCGUCUCCGCGUAUAGGAACACACCUCCUGAGAGAACACUUCUCCUAAGCGAACACCCUCGUGGUGAAGCUGAUUUUUCCCAUUGUAAACGCUCCGGCUAAAGGAACAGAAAGUUCGCUUGGAACAAUAUCUUCUUGGAACCGCUAGCGAUUUGUUCACAACGGAUACAGUACUGUUUUGUAACCUGUUAAUUCCUCAUCACACUUAACGGUUUAUUCGGUUAGUUUGAUAACGUUAGUUUGUCUGUUAUUUUAUUAUUACAGUCUUAUUUACACUUGCCUGUUGCUUUUCUCAUACCUGUUCAGUUCAAGUUGAUGCACAUGCAUCAU